GGCACGCGGGGUUAUCUGCUUGUAACACUCACGCUUCAGCCCGAGCUGUCGCUCUAUCGCUCAGGAUGCCGGGCUGUAGGUAAAUGACGCCGACGUGUGGUUUUCUUACAAAAGGAAAUGCAGUGAAGCAAGUGGGUGCAGAAAACGAAAGGAAGAAAAGUGUCGUGGUAACCCAGGCGAGGGAGGAUGGGGGAAGAUUGACACGCAAACAAAGUGCAAAUUGAAAAAGAGUUGAUAAGCUUGUGCCAAAGUGACAAUCGCCCUUUUAAAAAAAAAAAAUUGGAUCUAUGCUUGGUUAAAACAAUUCGGAGAAAAAAAAUGGCGAAGAAAAACAGAGCUAAAGGAGACAAGUGUGAUAUGGAGAUGGAGGCUUUCCAGACAGCCAACGAAGAGCUUCGGACGAAACUGACGCACAUCCAGAUAGAGUACCAACAGGAGAAAACCAAGGUUCUGAAGCUUCGAGAAAGGUUGCAAGAUGCGAAGCAGGAGCAGCGCAGACACACGGCAUAUAUCUCUGAGCUCAAAGCCAAACUCCACGAGGAGAAAAUGAAGGAGCUUCAGUCCGUCCGCGAGGCCUUGAUACGGCAACACGAACUCGAAAUCUCUCGCACGGUUAAAAUCAAGGACAGUGAAAUCCAGCGUUUACAGUCUACGCUGAACGUCUUGCGGGACGGGGCAGCGGACAAGGUAAAAACUGCUUUAUUGAACGAAGCCAAGGAGGAAGCCAGGAAGGCGUUUGACAACGAGCGCAGUAAGUUACAGCAGGAGAUACUGGAGCUAAAGACCAGCAAGAAACAGACAGAGGAGACCUUGAACAAUAUCAUGCAAGCAGAUAAAACCAAAGCCGCGGACCUGCGGACAGCCUAUCAGACUCACCAGGAUGAGAUCGCAAGGAUAAAGCGAGAAAGUGAGCGGGAUAUUCGGAGAGUGAUGGAUGAAAUAAAAAGCAAAGAGCGCGUGAUCCUGGCUUUAGAAAAGGAGCUUGGCGUGCAAACCGGUCACACACAAAAACUGUUGUUACAGAAAGAGGCUUUGGAUGAACAGCUUGUCCAGGCAAAAGAAGCUGAGCGUUACCACAGCAGCCCAAAGAAAGAGCUUCCGGCCGGCGUGGCGGACUUCACCGAGAUGCUGGGGAAUGUGGAUCAGCAUGUGGAUGACCGGGACCUGAGGAGAUUCCAGCUGAAGAUUGCCGAGCUGUACGCGGUCAUACGGAAACUGGAGGACAGAAACACUCUGCUGUCUGACGAGAGAAAUGAACUGCUGAAACGAGCUAGAGAAGCAGAGAGCCAGCUGAAACCUCUGUGUGAAAAGAACAGAAGGAUGUCAAAGAAGAUUGAGGACAUGCUACAGUCAAUCCAGAGAAUGGAAGACAAAAUAAAAUCCCUGUCAAGGGAUAACGCUGAACUGAAAGAGAAGUUGUCUACACAUAACUCUUUGAAGCAUCAUGUGUCUCUGGAUGAAGUCGCUGUCGCCCAGGAGCAAGAGAUAGAAUUCCUGAGGUUGCAAGUGAUGGAGCAGCAGCAAAUUAUCGAUGACAUCGCAGCGGAAAGAGAGCGGAUAUUGCGUUGCAAAAAGCCAAAAAGGAAAAGCUUAAGACAUCCAAAGAGGCAUGUUGUGGAGACGUUUUUUGGAUUUGAUGAAGAAUCUGUUGAUUCUGAGACCUCUUCAGUUGCCUCGUUUGCCAGUGAUAAAACCGACAGGACCCCAGCGACCCCUGAAGAAGACAUAGAAGAUAGCACGCCUAAAGAGGAAGCCGAUUUAAGGUUUCGCCAGCUGACGCGAGAGUACCAAGCGUUGCAGAGAGCGUACGCGCUGCUCCAGGAGCAAGUGGGGGGAACGCUGGAUGCCGAAAGAGAAGCAAGAACCCGCGAGCAAUUGCAAGCGGACUUACUGCGGUGCCAGGAAAAGAUCGAAGACUUGGAAAACUCUUUGAGCGAGAAAGGACAGGAUUCCAAAUGGGUAGAAGAAAAACAACAACUUAUGCGGAAGAAUCAGGAUUUGUUAGAAAAGAUAUACAGGUAUGAAACGGAAGAGAACCAGCUGAGGAACGAAAUCCAAGAUGCUAGAGACCAGAAUGAGCUUCUAGAAUUCCGAGUCCUAGAACUGGAAGAGAGAGAGCGAAGGUCUCCAGCCUUUAACCUCCAUAUAGCCAACUUCACAGAGAAUAAUGGAAGUGCUCUGCAGCUUUUCUGCCGACAGGAAGGCAUUAAGGAUGUUGAUAUUUCAGAACUAAUGAAGAAACUUGACAUUCUUGGAGAUAAUGGGAAUUUGAGGAAUGAAGAGCAGGUUGCGGUAAUCCAGGCAGGAACAGUCCUCUCUCUCUGUGAAAAGUGGUUAAAACAAAUUGAAGUAACAGAAGCCGCCCUGACGCAGAAAAUGAUUGACCUUGAAAAUGAGAAGGAGCUGUUCAGCAAGCAGAAAGGCUACUUAGAAGAAGAACUUGACUACCGGAAGCAAGCACUUGAUGAAGCACACAUGAAAAUCCAGGAGUUAGAAGCCACGCUCUAUAAUGCGUUGCAGCACGAUCCCGGAAGAAGAGUGAGAGAAUGCUUGAACGAGACCCAGAGAGAAGAUCUACGGGCGGCGGUGGAAAAGCUUCGAAGGCAGAUCCUCCGGCAAAGCCGCGAGUUUGACAGCCAGAUCUUACACGAGCGCAUGGAGCUCUUACACCAGGCACAACAGAGAAUCCGUGAACUUGAAGACAAAAUAGAACUUCAAAAAAGACAACUCAAGGAGAUAGAAGAAAAGCAUUCAUUCUGUGGCCUUGAUGAUCAAUUCCAGCGAACACUCAUGGGUUUUAAAAGAGCACAUGGAACAAACACCUGAUUUUUCUGCAACUGCCAAAACGAGACCACACCAAUCAAUGUUUUUUCCUUUUUACGUCAUGAGACUGCUGUGGAUCGACCGCUGAAUUCUAUUAUGAGUUUUGUAACAAUUUAGUUUUUAAAUGGACUAAAUUUAUUGUACAGAAAAUGUCCUGCUACUCAGAGACUGUAACAAUAUGUAUGAAAAUAAAUAAAUCAUAAAAAUAGGGAAUAAAAUGUGUAUUCUUUGCAAA